UUUUCAAUUGUACGUCCCCAAUAACAUUUACCUCCAAAAAAAUGACCCGAAGCGACGUCGUGUAAUUCCAUGGAUGUUCUAACCACUUUGUCGUCUUCUUCUUCUUCUUCCGACUGCAAUUCAAACGUAUCCCUUCGAACACCAGAACACAUAACACGACGCAAGAAAUUACACGAAGCGACGUCGUAUCAUGCAUCACCCAAGGGCAAGUGUAAACGACGAAAAAUCGUUAGAGUCCUCAUACGCCGUAAAAGGACUGAUCAUGUAUCCACAAUCGGGUUCCCUCUUGGAAUGUCAUUUGCCGCUGUUAUGGCCGAGGUAUUGUAUAGAAGAGAUGCAGCAGCAGCUCAUACACUUUCUCCAACUCAUAUAUCAUUGAUUUGCACAUCAGCCAUCAAAGAAUCUCUAGCCAAUGUUUUCGGAGACAAACUAGAUGGUCUGACUAGGAACUUUGAACAAUCUUUCACUAGCACUUUGAGUACUCUCAGAUUAAUUUACGAAUCAUCCACGAGCAAUGAAGGUAAUCAUGUUGAUACUAGGAAGAUGGAGUUUCCAAAUUUUAAAUUGACUCUUGACAAAGGUGAUUGCUCAAGUGAUUCUGUCAUUGAAGAUGGUAAUUCAGAGGGUGUGUUGCAUGAAGAUAUCCAUGAUCAAUCAAAUAAUUGCAAAGAGGUCGAGGAGAAUUUUCAUCUGGAUUCAGUCAAUCACGACCUUACUUUGCACAGGAAAUCAAACCAAAUGGUUUCUUUUUCUCCAAUCUCGUGUGGAUCGGGAAUUAAUAAUUCUAUGAUGAGUGUUGCUGAGAAAUCUGUUAUGGAGAAAAGUCGAUUGAAUGAUCUCAAGACAUUAGAACUUGCACUUGCAAUGAAAAAACUGAAAUUGAAAGAGACGCAACUUGUUCUCAACUCUGAUUUGAAUCAUCUAGAGAGAUCAAAGUUGGCAAUGGGAAUGUCAAAGGCAUCUUUUAAAGUCGAAAAGUUUAAGAAUCAGUUAGAAGAUCUGAGACAUGGUGAACUGAUUAAGAAGUGCAUAGACUCUCUUAUUGCCGGUUUGCUUGUCAUGUCCUCGUCACUUUUGUAUGGUGCUUACGUUUAUUCCUAUGAACGGAUCGCUGAAUCUACUGCAUCGUGUAGCCCUCCAAUUAAGGAAUCCAAAUCCUGGUGGACUCCGAAGUCAAUGAUCUCUUUUGAUUCAAAGUUGCAUGUUUUAUGGUGUCAAGUUCAAGUUAUGAGCCGAAUGGCAUUCGGGAUCCUAAUGAUUUUCGCAAUUGCAUAUUUGCUAAUCCAAAGAUCAACCACAACAUCACAGACAAUGCCAGUUACUUUCAUCCUUUUGCUAUUAGGAGUUGCUUGUGGCUACUGUGGAAAGCUUUGUAUAGAUACUUUGGGAGGGAAUGGUUCUGUGUGGCUCUUAUAUUGGGAGAUUCUUUGCAUGCUGCACUUCUUAUCAAUUGUCUGCACUCCCACUUUGUUCCAAAUACUUCAUGGACCAGUCAUUGCAUCACAAAAAUCGAAUCGGAAUGUAAUUCUUCCAUAUUGGUUUCGCCGAUUUUGGUUCUAUGCAACUUUGCUUGUGUUUCUACCAUUAUUUUGUGGUCUUAUCCCUUUUGCUGGUUUUAAUCAAUGGAAAGACCAUUUUUUGUUUAAGGUGUCAAUAUUCGACAAAUUCAAGUGAAAAGGCAUGUUUGGUCAUGGAAAUUGCAUACACUUCUCUUACUGUGAGCUAUUUUUCUUGUGAUUAGCUCCGCACUAAUGAGGCAAAAACUAUACAUAUGAAUUACAAUUUAGUUUCAAUUUUGCUAAGUUUUUAGCUUGAAUCCAUUAUGUUUAGUUUAUAGAAGAUUUGUUUUAGAUAUCAGAUGGUGUGUCAAGUGAUCUUUAGCCAAUUAAUUGGAUAGUGAUGAAUUAUGGUAUUUUAAUGUUUUAA